AUGAGUUCGAAGAAGGCGGAAAGCGCUUCAUCAGGUGCAGCUCCAGCAAUUCGGCGCGACCCGUAUGAGGUUUUAUCUGUUUCAAGGGAUUCUACCGAUCAAGAAAUCAAAACCGCGUACAGGAAACUUGCUCUGAAGUAUCAUCCAGACAAGAAUGCCAACAACCCGGAAGCUUCAGAACUUUUCAAAGAGGUUGCGUAUUCCUACAGUAUCUUAUCUGACCCAGAGAAGAGAAGACAGUAUGACAGUGCAGGAUUUGAGGCUCUAGAUGCAGAAAGUAUGGACAUGGAAAUUGAUUUGUCAAACCUGGGAACAGUCAAUACAGUGUUUGCUGCAUUAUUCAGCAAGCUUGGCGUUCCUAUUAAGACAACAAUUUCUGCUAAUGUACUCGAAGAAGCUCUGAAUGGGACUGUUACAAUCAGACCCCUUCCAAUGGGCACAUCAGUCAGCGGAAAGGUAGAAAAACAAUGUGCACACUUCUUCGGUGUAACCAUAAGCGAGCAACAAGCUGAAUCAGGGAUUGUUGUGAGGGUUUCUUCAAGUGCACAGAGCAAAUUUAAGUUGCUUUAUUUUGAACAAGACGUGAAUGGUGGCUAUGGUUUAGCGCUACAGGAAGAUAGUGAGAAAACAGGCAAGGUGACAUCUGCUGGCAUGUAUUUCUUGCAUUUUCAAGUUUACAGAAUGGAUUCAACAGUGAAUGCGUUAGCAAUUGCUAAGGAUCCCGAUGCCGCAUUUUUUAAGAGGUUGGAAGGUCUACAACCUUGUGAGGUUUCGGAACUCAAAGCUGGCACUCAUAUAUUUGCUGUUUACGGAGACAAUUUUUUCAAGACGGCUACAUAUACGAUUGAAGCACUUUGUGCAAAAUCAUAUGAAGAUACAACAGAAAGGCUCAAGGAAAUAGAGACCCAGAUUUUAAGAAAAAGAAAUGAUCUACGUCAAUUUGAGACUGAAUAUAGGAAGGCCUUGGCGCGGUUUCAGGAAGUAACCAACAAAUACACUCAAGAAAAGCAAGCUGUCGAUGAGCUGCUAAAACAGAGAGAUACCAUUCACUCGUCAUUUACAGUCAACAGAUCGGUUAGUAAUAUUAGCAACGGAAGCUCGAGCAGAGUUGUUGGCGACGAUAUGAGAUGUGAGAGCCCAGGGCAUGGGGAAGAAGGUGGUUCCGACGGUAAAGAUAAAGCAUCUAAAAAGAAAUGGUUCAACUUGAACCUGAAAUCUGAUAAGAAGUUGUGA